AUGCCUAAGUCGCACGAAUGGCAGACAUUUGCCAAAUGGGGAGAGAAGUGGGGAGACAUCAUGUCUGUCACUCUGCUUGACCAGCCAAUGGUUGUCCUCAACUCAUCGCAUAUUGCCGUUGACAUGUUGGACAAGAAAAGUGCCAUCUACUCUGACAGGCCAACAUUCCCUGUAUGUGGUCAAGUAAUCGGGUGGGACCGCACGUUGGUGUUCCUCCAUUACGGUCCUGUCUGGCGGGAGACUCGUCGACUCUUCUCCCAGACAAUCGGGACCCGUGUCAGUCUAAUGCAUCUAUAUGAUCAUCUAGAACGCGAAGGCAAUCGCUUCUUGGCUCGUCUCAUGGUGCAGCCAGAGACGUUGUUCCAGCAAGUACGCGGUUUCACAGGUGCCUCCAUUCUGAGCAUUGCGUAUGGUUACAACGUCGAGCGGGAAGACGAUGAGCUUGUCCGACUCGUUGACAAGGCCGUGGAAGAGUUCUCGUUGGCGUCUGCUCCCGGCGCGUAUUUCGCUGAUGCCCUGCCCACCCUCACAAGAGUCCCUGCAUGGUUUCCUGGUGCAGGGUGGAAAAGACGGGCAUUAGCCUGGCGUAGAGACCUCGAGGCCAUGUGUGACUUGCCGUUCAAUUAUACCAAGCAACAAAUGGCAAGCAAAGCGUUGCCCAGCUUCGUCGCUAUGAAUCUAGACCCAGCCGCUGAUUCCGGACGCGAGUUCCUUGUCAAAAGCGCUGCUGCGUCGCUAUACAGUGCCGGCGCUGACACCACCGUAUCGGCCAUUUGUUCGUUUUUCUUGGCGAUGAUGUGUUUCCCGGAUGCACAGAAGAAAGCACAGGCCGAGAUAGACAGAGUUGUUGGGAACGACCGGCUUCCAAGGCUCACUGACCGCGACGAACUGCCAUAUGUCAGGGCCCUGACCUGGGAGGUCUUGCGAUGGCAGCCAAUCGCUCCACUCGGGGUACCGCACUACCUGACUGAGGACGACACGCAUGAGGGGUACUUCUUGCCGAAAGGAACAAUAGUCAUUGCCAAUAUCUGGAGGAUGCUUCGCGAUUCUUCGCGGUAUCCGAACCCAGACGUGUUCAAUCCGGACCGCUUUCUACCUUCGAACGACGCAGAACCAGAGUAUGAUCCUCGGCAUAUCGUGUUCGGAUUUGGAAGACGCGUAUGCCCAGGCUCACAACUUGCCGAAACAUCUCUCUUCCUCAUUUGUGCUUUGUCUCUGGCUGUCUUCGAUAUAACUAAGCCUAUCGUCGACGGGACCGUGGUGGAGCCUUCGCUGGAGUACACGACGGGAACAAUCAGUCAUCCGGUACCAUUUGAAUGCUCAGUCAAACCCCGUUCAGUCAAGGCUUCCACGCUCGUCGCAGCAGUGAGCGAUAGUGUCUUCUAA